GCAAGAGGGAUGGCAGCUCCAGCUCAUGGUCGGCGCUCUCGACGUGCCUACAUAUACACGCUAAACCCACCCGUACUCGUCCAUCUCUCCCAUCCAUCAAACCGCCGCAACCUUCUCUGACCGAGCAGCUGCGAGUUCGAGCCCAAGUUCCAAGCUAGAAUCGCGGCGAUGGCACGGUCGGAGCUGGCCAUGGCGUUGCUGGUGGUGGUCCUCGCCGCCGGCUGCUGCGCGCCGGCGGCCGCCGUGGCGUACCUCUCCAAGCUGCCUGUGACCCUCGACGUCACGGCAUCCCCCAGUCCCGGCCAAGUUCUUCACGCCGGCGAGGACGUGAUCACGGUGACGUGGGCCCUGAACGCGAGCCAGCCGGCCGGCAAGGACGCCGAAUACAAGAACGUGAAGGUGAGCCUCUGCUACGCGCCGGUGAGCCAGAAGGAGCGCGAGUGGCGCAAGACCCACGACGACCUCAAGAAGGACAAGACCUGCCAGUUCAAGGUCACCCAGCAGGCCUACCCCGGCACCGGCAAGGUCGAGUACCGCGUCGCCCUCGACAUCCCCACCGCCACCUACUACGUGCGCGCCUACGCGCUCGACGCCUCCGGCACGCAGGUCGCCUACGGCCAGACCGCGCCCGCCUCCGCCUUCAACGUCGUCAGCAUCACCGGCGUCACCACCUCCAUCAAGGUCGCCGCCGGCGUAUUCUCCGCCUUCUCCGUCGCCUCCCUCGCCUUCUUCUUCUUCAUUGAGAAACGCAAGAAGAACAACUAAACUCGGAAGUCAGAACCGUGGCGAUGUGUUCGUCUGUGCGCGACUUCUUGUCCUUUGCAACGUACUCCCUCCGUUCCUAAAUACUUGUCUUUCUAGGCAUUUCAACAAAUGACUACAUACGGAGUAAAAUGAGUGAAUCUACACUCUAAAAUAUGUCUACAUACAUCCGUUUGUGAUAGUCAUUUGAAAUGCCUAGAAAGACAAGUAUUUAGGAACGGAGGGAGUACGUACAAUUGUACUGUACUGUAUAUGUAAGAGAGUGUUGAUGUUUCCUUUUUCUUUUUCGGAGACUCUCGUAUAUAAUUGGUUAUGUUGUAAUACCACCGAUGGGCAUAUCUUCUAGGAACAAAAACGGACGAGUUCUUCA